AGAGGAGAACAGGAUACUGUCCUACUCCAAGGUAGCUCUCCUGACGUGUCUGUUAGAGCAUUUCUAACAGUUUGAACAGCAUAGCCACAGCUUUUUUUCUGACAGAGCUCUUCUUCCCAGUACCUGCUGUGCUGCCUUACUUCCACUUUUCCUCCUUCCCUCUUCUUACCUGUUUGUGGGGAUUUCGGAGGGUUGGGACAGGGAGGUGGGAGAGGUACAUCACUCCUGGAAGAGAGGAGAGAAACACCCGAGAUGACUUCAGUCCCCACAGCCAAGUGGAACAUGAGCAUGAGCAGCAGGUGGAAUGUGAGCCUUGCUGAAGCAGGCGAUCCCUGGGGACAGGCACUGGAAGCACCAGCUGCAAAUGCUUCUGCCCCUGUAGCCUCCUCAGCAGGCAACUUCUCCAAUCAGUUCGUACAACCUUCUUGGCGCAUUGCCCUGUGGUCUCUGGCUUACGGUGGCGUGGUGGCAGUGGCCGUUUUUGGAAAUCUUAUUGUCAUCUGGAUUAUCCUGGCUCACAAGCGCAUGAGGACGGUGACAAAUUACUUCCUGGUGAAUCUGGCCUUCUCUGAUGCAUCCAUGGCUGCUUUCAAUACUCUCAUCAACUUCAUCUAUGCGCUGCACAGUGAGUGGUACUUUGGAGAGGCUUACUGCCGCUUCCACAACUUCUUCCCAAUCACAGCUGUCUUCGCCAGCAUCUACUCCAUGACAGCGAUUGCUGUGGACAGAUACAUGGCCAUUAUUGAUCCCUUGAAACCUAGGCUCUCUGCAACUGCUACCAAGGUGGUCAUUGGGAGCAUAUGGAUUUUGGCAUUCCUGUUGGCCUUUCCCCAGUGCCUAUACUCCAUAACCAAGGUGAUGCCUGGGAGAACUCUUUGCUAUGUAGCAUGGCCAGGUGGUCCAAAACAGCAUUUUACGUAUCAUGUUAUUGUGAUCGUGCUGGUCUACUGCUUUCCACUGCUUGUCAUGGGCAUCACUUAUUCCAUGGUGGGAGUUACCCUCUGGGGAGGAGAAAUACCAGGCGACACAUCCAACAAAUAUCAUGAGCAGCUCAAAGCUAAGAGAAAGGUGGUAAAAAUGAUGAUUGUGGUUGUGCUGACAUUUGCUGUCUGCUGGCUGCCCUACCACAUUUACUUCAUAGUUACUGGGAUCUAUCAACAAUUAAAUCGGUGGAAAUACAUUCAGCAAAUCUAUUUAGCCAGCUUUUGGCUUGCCAUGAGCUCUACAAUGUACAACCCUAUUAUCUACUGCUGUCUUAACAAAAGGUUCCGAGCUGGCUUCAAGCGAGCGUUCCGCUGGUGCCCCUUCAUUGAGGUGUCCAGCUAUGACGAGCUGGAGCUGAAGGCAGCCAGGUUCCACCCCACCCGGCAGAGCAGCCUCUACGCCGUGUCCAGGAUGGACUCCAGCAUGACGGUGGUGCUCGACACCAGCGACGGAGACAGCGUGCACGCCAGCCACAAGAAAAGAGCAGCUCCAAGGGACUUGAACUUCAAUGGCUGCUCACAGAGGAAUUCCAGGACUGUCUGCACGGCCUCAAGCCUCAUCACUUCACUGCACACAUCAGCAGAUGCUUAUUCCUAAUCAUUUCAUGUUGCUAGAAGCGCAACACUGGACAAUGUUCUCCUACUUUGGCACUUGGUAUUCAUACCACAGGAAAGCAAAACAGAUUCCACUAACAAACCCUAGCUAUAAAUAUUGUGAGACUUUUGGGAAUCUCUUACUUUUUUUGCUUUGGAGAGAAAGAGGAAUUUGAAGGCAUAAAUAUGUCUCAGUCCAAAAGUAUAGUUGCACCUUAUGCACAACAAUGUUUGUAGAGUUUAUCCAAAAUAAACCAAUGGCAUAAAAAACUUUGUUUCAGUUGUCUCUGACCUGUGGUAUUUAUGUAUGUCUUACUGAAAUGUAACAAGCUCCUUUACUUAUUGAAGCAGAAAUGUACAGUGUUUUCUAUUAUGAGUGUAUUAAUUCUACAGUAACAGAAUUACAUGAGAUUUGAUUAUAAAAAUGUAUUUAUAAUGAACGCCUAAUGAUCCCCCAAGUCUAUUAAGCUGUUUUACAAUUUAGCCCCAUUCCCAGACAAAUGGAUAAAAUUAAGUUCACGUGAAUGCAGCUCAGCUCUGUCUGCAACAAUACAGUUUUGCAAAUACGUAUGAGAACAGGAGAACAUGACUAAGAGCCUAAGUUAUAUUCUACCAAAGUUUGCAUAUUAGUAAACAUUAGACUCUAAUGAGAUCUGUACUUCCAGGGGAAUAUAUUGCUUUGAUAAAUGUCUCAUAGCUUUGUAUCUUAGUACUAAGGAUCAGGUCUGUCUCCAGUGAUCUUAUCAGAACCUUUCUGAUUGACUUUAGAAAGACCAAAAGAUUUCAAAUUGAAGAUUCAUAUUUGAAAAAAAUACCACUGUGGCAACGGACUCUUCUCUGCAGAAGAUAAAGUAACAAGAUUCAUGAUGAAAAACUUCCACUAGGGAAAAAGAAAUAUUUGAGCUCUUUUCACAGAUUUUACAUAGCUUGAUGCAUUUAAAAAUAUUCCUGUGCCUGCCUCUCAAAAUAUGCUAGGCAUUCUUACACAGACAUGUUCCCACUGAAUUCAGACAAAAUCCACUUACCAUCACUGUUGCAGAGAAAGCUGAAUGUAACAAAAAAAGGGACCAGAGAGCAGCCUUUGUUUUAGCUCAAUGACUGUGUCAGUUGCACAGAUAGACUGGUCACAUGAAUGUUUGUUGUCAAACAGUUAAUAAAAACAUAAGCAAGAGUGUGAAUGUCUUCCUGAGUUAGCACAGGACAGUGUAUAUCUGGCUGAACCCAAUACAGUACCAAAGCUGAGCAAUUGAGAAAGAAAAGUUUGAAGAGAGAAAGGCUUGGGCUGGCUUUAGUCCAGUUCCUUCCCAGUGGCUGGGGAUGAUCAGCAUUGUGACAGUGAGCAUAUCAAACAAGACAAGUAAAACAAGAAUCAUGUUUGUAUUGUGAUUCAUGUGUAUAGUCCAUUGUUAUGUUCUGCUAAAUGUAACUUGUACUUGUUUAUAGUGAUUUCUGUGCACUGUGGUAUCACUUACUAAAUCAAAAUCCUGCGUAAGGUAAAAUAUCCUCAUAUGUAUAAACCUGAUAUAUUAAACUCUUCAUGUAUGGAAUAACUAAGGAACCUGGUUGUAGAGUACUGUACUCUUGUAAAAAUGUAUCACAAUUCCAAGACUCAUGCUUUUUCUGUCUAUGGCCUGAUCUUAAAUCCACUGAAAC